AUGGAUUCCGAGACUGCAGCAACCCACGAAGAAAUAUGGGACGAUUCCGCUCUCAUCAACUCCUGGAACCAGGCACUGGAAGAGUACAAGAAAUAUCAUAGUAUCCACGCCAAAGGUGGGACCGUCGACGAUAUCCCGGAUGAUGGAGCCCAAAGAGUCAAUGCCAAGCCUGAAACAGACGGCAAGACGGUAGGCGAGGGGCAAGAGGAGGAGGAGGAAGAAGAGGGCGAGCUCGACGAGACGAUGCUCACAGGCUCGAGCGACGAAACAUCGCACCCAGCAAACGAGGUGCAGGCUGGAGCGUCUGCGCCAAUGUCAGGGCCACAGAUGCUUCUAGGAAACAUACAAGAUGAAGAACUGAAGAAGCUGCUGAUGUCGUGGUAUUACGCGGGAUAUUAUACCGGGCUUUUUGAAGGCAAGCAGCAGGGGAAUCAACAGGCAAAGGGCGAGCGGAAAGAUUAUUGA